AAAAGAAGCUUGACUUAGCUAUGAACUGAAGUUGCAAUAGUACAUUUGAUGACGUUGAUUAGAUAUUUACUUUAUAUCGUUGACUGUAUAAUUUAAUAAAAGUGAUUGCAUUUGUGUUUCAUAUUCUAAGAUAUAUGGGAGAUUUUGGUUAAAAACGACAUCUUAAGCUUGACAUUUUUUUCUAAGUUGCCACAAAAUGAAAUUGUUUUGCGCAAAAUUACUGCAUAGAGGGUUCUUAACAGGGUCUUGAUUGCUAAAAUUUAGCAGGUUGUUGAAAGCAAUUACUCCUGGCAAUGCGGGUUAAAUCGUCAUCGCAUAAGGAUCGACAUAAAAUGAAGCUCAAAAGCUUAAUGAUCGUACUAGCUCUGAUUUCUUCGUCCUUUGGAAGAGUUUUGGAAACCAAAAUAUCAAAGUUGACUAAUAAAUCACCUAUUGUACUUAGACAAGAUGUCGAGGAAUAUAGCGAUAGCGAAAAUGCAGUGGAUGGAAAUAUAUCAGAGUCGAAUACGGUAGAUGAGACAGAUGCUAGUGAAAUAGUUAAUUGCUACGAAGUUAACUGCAAUGAAGCUAGCAAUGCAAACGCAGACGAGGAGGCCAAUUCAGAGAACAAUGAGGUAUUGCAAGAAAUAAAUCAAGUUCCUCAGGAAGCCGUUAGUGAGGCUCCUGUUGUCAAUGUUGAUGAUGCCAAUCCAAUAAACCGUUACUGCAAAUGUACUACAUACGAGUGUAACUGUUGUCGUGAUUUUCUGCUGCCCCUUGUUCCGGUUAAAGGGCCUGGGUGCGCUACUAUCCAAUACUUAGAUGGAAAUCGCAUGUCAAUUGGAAUUAAAUUUGGCGAUCGAGUGUUAGCUAAUCGUGUAAUUUCAGGCCGAAAAGCUACACCUGUGUGUAUGCCAUUACCUGGCGGAUUCAAUCGAUUUUGUGGACGAAUCUAUGGUAUAAGUCGACGAGCAGAUGAUUUCUUUAAAGCUUGUCUAGGAUUGGAGCUUCGCGCAGAUAACGAAAUCGAGGCGGUUCUUCGGGUAUCAUGCUUCAAAUUUGGCCCACGUGGCCUGUCGGUCACUGAACCAGAGCCAUUGCCACCUGUUGAGGACAUUGAUGUUGAAGAAGAUGAUGAUGAAGAGGAUGAUGAUGAAGCUGAUGAUUUGUUGGGUUCAUUUGGUUUAGGCGAUGAUGAUGAUGAUGAUGAAGAUGAUGAUGACGACGAUGAAGUUGCUGAGCAGGAUGAAUCCGAAAUUCAAUCAUCUGAUCCGAGUUAUACCGGCUUCAGUUUAUUGGAAGAAGAUUUGCUAGGAGAUCUGCUUGGCACUACCAACCAAAAAAAAAGGAACACGAGUUUGCAUAAAAAAGGUGUCAAUAAUGCUAGUCGUAAAAAUGUUCAAGAGAAAAAACCGACGAAAGAAUAUAAAGCAGGUGUGCCAGAGGUGCACAAUAAAAAUGUCACAGUAUCAAAAAUAAAGCAUAAAGAUGAGGAUAACUCUGACGAAAUUUCAGCUUUUGUUGAAUCUAUUGUGUCCGAAGGCGAUGAUGAGAGCACCGAAAAUGACGAUGACAACAACGAAGACGAUGAAAGAAAACAAUCAAAGAGAGUCACUGAAGGUGUUCUACUUCCAGAAACGUUCGUUACACCUGCAGAAGAAAAUGAAGAAGAUGAGUACGAUGAAAGUGAAGAAGAUAACGAAACAAUAAAUGAAGGGCUCGACAUAGAUAGCAAAGAAUCAAAGAAGCCAAAAUAUGGUUUCAGCUGGACCAACUUUACGCGAUUAUUCCGAAUACUUUAGAGAGUACAAUAAUGAAAUUUAUAUAAAUAUUUUCCAUGAUUUGUUAGGAGUAUAACAACCUAACAAAUCAUUGAACGAGGGCAUAAUUUGUAAAUCUGUUCAAAAUAGUCGUAGUUUCAAUAUUUAUUUAUUUUAAUUUAUUCUAAAGUUAAUGCAAUGAUAAACAAUGUUUGGACAACACAUGUCUCCUACUUGAUUUUUUUUGUUAUUCAGAUGUGCUUCGCUGGUUGAGCCACAUCCUCUGUGAAACUAAUGAAUUUGAUUCGCUAGUUGGACCCUGAUGCGGCUCAUACACGAUACGAUAGGUCGUACGGUCGUGUUAAGUACGAUUAAAGCACGAUUCAGACGAUACAUCAACUUCCGUCAACGGAACGUCACCGUUCCGUCAGGAUAAGUUAAAUGCGUUUGUACCCGUUCACACGUCAAAACGAUCCGUACCGUUGAUGUUGUGCGUGAGUGCCUCCAUUUAACUUCAUGUAACUUAUCCUGCAGGGUUGUUAAUCGAUAAUUAAUCGUCAUCGUCGAUAACGCUAACUACCCGUCUACGUCAUCGGAAACUCCGUUAACGAUAAUGUAUCAUCGGUUUCAUCGCCAUCGUCGAUAAUUCAUCGGUGGUUAUCGCGAUACAUUUUGCGUUACUUUCCCGUUUAUUGGAAUUGAUGCGGUUAACUUUCAAUUGUUUAGAAAUAAAUAACUAUUGAAGGACAUGUUGUUGGCAGUUGAAAUUCAAUAGUUUUGGACAUUUUCUAUGCAUAGGGGGGGUUCCGACGAUGUGUCAAAAUGGGAAUUUUUGUCAACUUUUCGGGAGUGUUUUAUAUUGAAGGCAAAGAUAUUGACAGUUGACAAUCAAUAGUUUUGGACAUUUUCAGUACACAGGGGGUUCAACGAUGUGUCAAAAUGGAUUUUGUUCAACUUUUGGGGAAAGUUUAUUAUAUUGAAGAAGCUAUUGGUAAAUGAAAAUCAAUAGUUUUGGACAUUUUCAAUUCACAGGAGGAUCCACCAGUGCACAGUGUUUACAAAGUGGCAAAAAGUGAAAGAAAUUCUUUGAACCACGAAAAAACAUUUUUUAUCUAUAGUGUCUUCAGCAAAGUUUAGUUAUAUUUUUUUUGCAUUUAAAAAGUUAGUUGAAUUAGUUGGGUGAUUAAUCCCUCUAAAGCUGAAGAGCAAGUUUUUGUUUGAUCAUUUAUGAAAAUAAAAAGGAACUUUAUUUGGCAAAGUAAGUAUUAACUUCGCUGAAGUGACUAUGUGUCUGUCUGUCGAUUUUAAUAUACAUUUGUGGAGAUUUUUUUGAUAUGCCCCUGAAAAUUGCUUUUUUCAAAAUACUUUUCCUGGUAAUUUUGUAGAAUUUCAAAAUGUUCCAAGAUUUUGUUCUGCGUAAGAAAAUACAGAAUUUUUGUAAUGUAA